ACCCCCUCGAAUUUGUUUCAGGCCGAGCUCAACAAAAGAAAGAAAGAGAUGGACCCCGCAUACCCCACCUCCCUGGCCGCCCUCCACUUUCCCUCCUCCGAACAACAAUCCAUCUCUCAGACACUCUCCGCCCUGCGCCGCUCGGCCCUGUCCAUCCCCAACCGACUGACCAGCAUCGUCACCGACGCCGCCUUCGUGGCCGAGGUGGCCGCGCACUACCGCCUGCCACUGAUCGCCAACGAGCGGUGCGGCAGCUGGUACAUCCCCCCGGACCAGAAGACGGGGAGUGUAUACUUCAAAAGCACAGAUGGACACACCGGGGUGUGGGACUUUAGUUUCCGUAGACUCAACCUGCAGGUGUUGAGUGUGGCGCGGGAGUUUGGGGGAUGCAUAAUCGUAGAUUCCACCCGACGGGGGAAAUUAAUGCCCGACGCCCUCUCCAAAACGAUCCCCAUCUGGGCCGCCGUAUUGAACCGCGCCCUCUUCCCGAAUGAACCCGCCUACCACGCGGUGCAAUUCCCGCCGAAUUUCCUGCCCGCCUCGGAGGAGUCGCAGAUUGAGCGGAGAAUUGAUGGGUUUGUGAAAUCGUUGGAGGACCUCAACCUCAACCUCCCGACCCUAACCACCCAACUCUCUCGUCCCAUCCGCCUCGCCUGGGCCAACCGCGCCUACUUUCAUCCGACCACUCUCCUGACAAACCCCGCAGAAUACAACCUCCUCGUCCUCUGCUCCGCCUCGCAGCGCAUCCACGGGGCCGAGGUCUCCGCAGGCGGUUACAUCCAAGGCGCGGGCGACGACGCCGAGAGCUGGGCGCUGGGACUAACGCCGCCGUUGUUCUGGGAGCAUCGGGCGGCGAUCCUCGCCACGGAGGAGGAGAAGUUACCGGGGUUGAUUGCGCAGUUGGUGACGCAAAGUCAGGGGCAGAGUGGAACUGCUAGCGGGAAAGACGGUCAUCCUGGUAAGGCGGUGCUCAUCGCACCCACGCGGAAUCUCUACCUGGGUGUCGCUGGCGAUUUCCCUCCCUCGGAUGAUGGGGGGGAGGAGGGGUUUGAUGUGGUGGUGGAUUGUAAUGCGGCCCCAUCUCUGCCCGCAUUCAGGUUGCAUCUCGGCUGCGGCCCCUUGAAACUCGGCAGUCGCGAUCUCCGCAAGAACCUCCCUCGUGUGCGCGACUUCAUCCGCCCCUGUCUCGCGGCUGACCCCCCGGCGAAGGUGCUGGUGGUGUGCGAGUCGGGUCGGGAUUUGUCGGUGGGGGCGUUGCUGGCGAUUUUGUGUUUGUUUUAUGAUGAUGAUGGUGAUAUUGGGAAGCAGUUGAUUCGACAGCGGUUGGCGUGGAUCACCCUGUGCAAGCCAGAUGCGAAUCCCUCGCGGUCGACCUUGCAGUCGGUGAAUGCGUUUCUGAUGGAGAGGCCGGAUUAUUGA